CCCCCCUGCUCCUCCAGCGGGUGAACCUGGAGUUCUACAUCGACGUGCACGCCCACUCCACCAUGCUCAACGGCUUCAUGUACGGCAACGUGUUUGAGGAGGAGGAGCGCGUCCGCCGGCAGGCCGUGUUCCCCCGGCUGCUCUGUCACAACGCGCCCGACUUCUCCUUGUCCAGCACGUCGUUCAACCGGGACUCGGUGAAGGCGGGCACGGGCAGGCGCUUCCUGGGCGGUCUCCUUGACGACUCCUCCUACUGCUACACUCUGGAGGUCUCCUUCUACAGCUACAUGACCGCCGGGAGCACGGCCGCAGUCCCUUACACAGAGGAAACAUACAUGAAGCUGGGCAGGAACGUGGCCCGGACGUUCCUGGAUUACUACAAACUCAACACCCUGAUAAAGGACAACAGACCCACUCACAUUCAGAGCUCUGAGGUGAUGCUGCAGACAGGCUGUGGGAACGGAAAGACCAACGCAGGAGAGAGGGAGAAGACUGAAGGCGAGAAGGAGAGGAAGAGCCAAGGCAUCAGACAUUAGAAAUGCCAGGAGAUGGACAGCAGGAGAGGACAUCGGAUGGACAGCAGGAGAAGAGCUGGCCGAUGGUGUGGACACACAACAUGGAAAGGCGCACAGAUAGGCCGAACGUAAUGCAAAGGCAGAGCAUUUGUGUUUCUCAUACUUAGAAAGGGGGAAUAUGUGGUUUUUUGCAGGACUUUUAUAAGGGCAGCUCUGUUACACUAUUAUAGUUUGUGGGUCGUGACAGGUUUCAUUUGGAGUGUUAAAUGCAUGCAGAAUGACUAGUUGAAUCAUGAUUUGAAGCCUUCGUUUAGUUUGCACUUAUGUGUGCUGGAUGUCCCUGUGUGCUUCACUUUGCCUUCACUUUGAUUUGCUCUUCUGUAUAUCUUCUGUAUCUGUAUAUAAAUGCAUGUCUUCCAUUUUUUUCAUGAUAUUUUGACUCAUGAUUCUGAUUGUUGUUUGAUGAUGGUGAUGGUUGUUGGUAACAAUUAUGAACAGGACAUCAUUUUGCUCAAUCUAGUGUAUAACUACAUGUUUGGGGCUGUACGCUUGUCAUCAUGGAAAUAGGCUGUAAGCCUAUGGAAGUUUCUUCAGAAUUAAUAAAGCAAGAAGUUUAGUGUAUGUAUAAUGCAAUUUCAGUGUAACAAAUAAAAUAGUUUUUGUUAUACAUAA